AUGACGCAACUAUUCGCUUCCAGUCCGUCCUCGGUGACAAACGAGAAACGCGGCAAUUUCCCGAGCCUUUCGCUGGCGUCCAAGAAACAUUCGAACGACUCCAGCCAUUUUCCCACCAAGAUCCGCAACUUCUUCCGUAUCAAUAGCUCCAGCAGCAAUGUCUCUCAUGCCAGCCAUCACAGUGGAAGCGACCGGGAUCGUGAAAACAGCAACCUCUCAUCGUCACCCGCCAAACAUGAAUCCAAAUCCACCUUCAGACAGUCCCGAUUUCUACCUACCAUUGGUCGCAACCGCUCGACCACCGUUGCCAGCGAGGGAAACCCGCUGGACGAGGGCGUGUCGCCGACCGCCACGGCAAACCCAUAUUUCCAGCACCAAGGACAGCCUGCCUUGCAGCACCGGAAUGACGGCUCCAUUCCCUCCUCUCCCCCAGAUACCCCCGAGUUACAGGUCGAAGGCGUCUCCGCAGCCGAGCAAGCGAAUACUGCCAACAAGGAAGAGUUGGCCCGCAAACUCCGCCGUGUCGCUUCCGCCCCGAAUGCUCAGGGUCUGUUUGCCCGCGGCCAGGCAGAUGAACGGCCGCAGACGGCCGAACAGGACAAGGAGCCCCUGCCAGAGGGGUCAAGUGGCUUCGUGCCUCAGGUGACGACAGUCGAGAUCUCUGAAGAGCAGGAAAUCAACCUUGCUGUGCCGCAACUCGGUGCCGACGGCAAGAUCCCCACACCUGGGCAGAUUCGAAACUCGGUCGCUUUCCGCCGAACGUACAGCUCCAACUCGAUCAAGGUGCGCAAUGUCGAGGUUGGUCCGGGCAGCUUUGAUAAGAUCAAGUUAAUUGGCAAGGGUGACGUGGGCAAGGUAUACUUGGUCAGGGAGAAGAAGACUAGCCGGCUCUAUGCUAUGAAAGUGUUGAGCAAACAGGAGAUGAUCAAGCGCAACAAGAUCAAGCGGGCGUUGGCUGAGCAGGAAAUUUUGGCCACCAGCAACCACCCGUUCAUCGUCACGCUUUACCACUCAUUCCAGUCUGAAGACUACCUAUAUCUGUGUAUGGAGUAUUGCAGUGGUGGUGAAUUCUUCAGAGCCCUACAAACCCGGCCAGGGAAAUGCAUUUCAGAAGAUGCCGCCCGGUUCUACGCUGCAGAAGUCACGGCGGCUCUCGAGUAUCUCCACCUGAUGGGAUUCAUUUACCGCGACUUGAAACCUGAAAACAUCCUUCUUCACCAGUCAGGCCACAUCAUGUUGUCUGAUUUCGAUUUGUCCAAGCAGUCCGGCCCAGGCGGCGCGCCCACCAUGAUUCCGGCCCGGAGUGGCAACUCGACGACGUCUCUACCGACCAUUGAUACGAAAUCAUGUAUCGCCGAUUUUAGAACGAAUUCUUUUGUGGGUACGGAAGAAUACAUUGCGCCGGAGGUCAUCAAGGGUUGCGGACAUACUAGUGCCGUCGACUGGUGGACUCUGGGUAUCCUGAUUUAUGAGAUGCUUUAUGGGACGACACCUUUCAAAGGCAAGAACCGAAACGCCACCUUCGGUAACAUCCUGCGGGAUGAGGUGCCUUUCCCUGAACACUCCGGAGCUCAGCAGGUUUCCAACCUGUGCAAGUCUCUAAUCAGGAAGUUGCUGAUUAAGGAUGAGACCAAACGUCUUGGAGCUCGGGCCGGCGCCUCAGAUGUUAAGACGCAUCCUUUCUUCCGGCAGACGCAAUGGGCACUCAUCCGCCAUAUGAAGCCCCCCAUGAUCCCGCACCAAAGCCGUGGAACCGAUACUUUGAACUUCCGCAACGUGAAGGAGAGCGCCAGUGUUGACAUUGGAGGCAGCCAACCGAUGAAGAUGAAGGGUGUUCCUAUGGACUCCGGUCUGGCGACACCUAAUGCGGAAGUGGCAGAUCCUUUCGAAGAAUUUAAUAGCGUUACCCUCCAUCAUGACGGAGAUAUCUAG